UGAGCAGAGUAUCCCUCUUUAGACCCUCAGGCAGGAGCAGCUAUAGUGAGCUCCAGCAGCAAGAACAGCAGUAUUAUUAUUAUUAUUAUUAUCAUUUUUAUUAUUUAUAAUAUAGUGACAGGAUUUUAUUUUACAAUCUGCAGAAAACUAACAGGCGUGUGUGUAAAAACCAUGGGACGGCUGUGUUACACGCCCCUGCUGCUUCUCUUCCUCUCUUUCUUUGAGACAAAUGCACUGACAGCAUGUGGAACGGAGCAGCUCCAGUGUGGAAAUUGGAAAUGCGUCCCAUUCACCUGGGUGUGUGACGGCAUGGACGACUGUGGAGACGGCACAGAUGAGCUUCCUGGGACCUGUUCGGCUAAAACGUGUAAGUCGGCAGAAUUCAGCUGCCUGGGCCGUCUCAACCAGUGUAUACCCAGCGCAUGGCGCUGUGAUGGAACGGCUGACUGUCAGAAUGGAGCAGAUGAAGACGGCACCUGUGUGCCCAAGCAGUGCACAAGGGACGAGUUCCGCUGCAGGAAUGGCCAGUGCGUGUCUGCGUCCUUUGUGUGUGAUGACGAGGCCGACUGUGACGACCGCAGCGACGAGGACUCCUGUCCGCCCAUCACCUGCAGCGCCUCAGCCUUUCAGUGCAACAACAGUGUUUGCGUGCCGGGCCUGUGGGCCUGCGACGGCGACUCGGACUGCUCUGACGGCUCGGACGAGUGGCCCCAGAACUGUGGCACAAAGACACCCGCCGUCACUGCCGCUCAUCAGUGCUCCUCACUGGAGUUCCACUGCGGCAGCGGCGAGUGCAUUCACGGGAACUGGAAGUGUGACGGAGGAGCUGACUGCCUCGAUCGAUCAGAUGAAGAGAACUGUGUUCAUAAGACCUGUCGUCCUGAUGAGUUUGAAUGCGGUGAUGGAACUUGCAUCCACGGUAGCCACCAGUGCAACCAUCAGUACGACUGCAGGGACAGGAGUGAUGAAGCCGGCUGUGUCAAUGCAACCCACUGUGACGGCCCGACCAGGUUUAAAUGCCGCAGUGGGGAGUGCAUCAGUAUGGACAACGUGUGUGACAACCGUCGCGACUGCAGGGAUUGGUCAGAUGAGCCUCUCCGAGAAUGUGGCUUUAAUGAGUGCCUGUUCAACAACGGCGGCUGCUCUCAAAUCUGCAAAGACCUGAAGAUCGGCUACGAGUGCCUGUGUCCUGCUGGAUUCAGGCUGGUUGACCAAAAACGAUGUGAAGAUAUCGAUGAGUGUGCCGAAGCGGACGUCUGCAGCCAAAUCUGCAUCAACCAUGUCGGUGGUUACAAAUGCGAAUGCGACGAAGGUUACCAGGUUGACCCGUCCACCAAAGCCUGCAAGGCCAUCGGUACAGUAGCCUACCUUUUCUUUACUAACCGUCAUGAGGUCAGAAAGAUGACCCUGGACAAGAGUGAGUACACCAGAGUAAUCCCCCGCCUCAAGAACGUUGUCGCUUUAGACGUUAACAUGGCCACCAAAGACAUCUACUGGUCCGACAUCUCUCAGAAGAAAAUCUACAGAGCUCGGUUGGACUCAGCUGAAGACUCAACUCAGCACAGCAUCGUGAUCGGCAGUGACAUUGAUGCUCCUGAAGGCCUUGCCUACGACUGGAUCCAUGGUAAUCUGUAUUGGACUGACAGCAUUCGCGGCACAAUCUCCGUAGUAACGGCCGAUGGUCACCGUCGCAAAACCCUCUUCCACCAAGACCUGCUGAAACCUCGUGCGAUUGUGGUCGACCCCCACAGCAACUUCAUCUAUUGGACCGACUGGGGAAGUCCAGCAAAGAUUGAAAGGAGUGGUCUUAACGGAGGAGACCGCACUGCUCUGGUCACCGACAACAUUGAGUGGCCUAAUGGAAUUACAAUUGACCUGUUGAACCAGCGUCUCUACUGGGUGGACUCUAAGCUGCACUCCCUCUCCAGUAUUGACGUGCAGGGUGGCGGUCGACGCACGCUCAUCAUUGACGAAAACAAGCUGGCUCACCCACUGGGACUCACUGUGUUUGAGGAGAGAGUUUUCUGGACAGACGUCAGCAACAAUGCCAUCCUCAGUGCAAACAUGCUGACGGGUGACGACAUUACACCAGUGGCGGAGAACCUAUCAUCGCCAGAAGACAUUGUUCUCUACCACAACCUCAAACAACCUUCUGGGAGGAAUUGGUGUGAGGUGUCCAAUGGUGGCUGUGAAUUCAUGUGUCUGGCCGCUCCUCAAGUGGGCAGCCAUCCUCCCAAAUACACCUGUGUCUGUCCAGAUAACAUGAUGCUAGCCGGUGAUAUGAGGACAUGUGUACCUGCUGUGCCAACAUCUGCAGCUCCCGUGCCACCUCAAAGUCCCACUGACGCCCCUCGUCUUCCACCGGUGCCACCCAGGACCACACCCAGGACCGUUCCCAAACCCCAGAUCCAUACCACUAUUACAGUUCCUAUUGUAAACACCAAGCCAGCACUACGCACCAUCAAGCCUCUGCUCAGGAUCACCACACCAAAACCAAGCACCCCUUCACCGCAGCCGGUGAUACCAAAGAUUUCCCAGACCACCACAAAUGCUCCAACUACCUCUCCAGGUGUCCGACCUGGAUUUGUUGCAGCCAUACCUAACACUGCCUCCACCACCCCGAUAGCCCUGUACAUUGUCUUACCUCUGGCGAUCAUUUGUCUCGUGGUUGUUGGUGGCCUGCUGCUGUGGAGGAAUUACCGGCUGAAGAAUACCAACACAAUUCACUUUGACAACCCGGUCUACCAGAAAACUACUGAGGACCAAGUGCACAUUUGGAGGAGCCACAGUCUCGAUGGUUACUCUUACCCAAAAAGACAAGUCGUGAACCUAAACGAAGAAGCAGACAAUCCGGCCUUCACAGAGAACUGAGAAAUACCAUCGCGGUGGAGAGAAGAGUGUCAAUGAUAAGCUACCUUGGACGUCCUUUCCUGUUCUUUUACCUCACUCAGCAGCACAAUGUUAUGGAAGUCAAAGCCAGUAUGAGACAAACUUGAACCAAUAUAUCCUCACAGACAAACAAGUGCUCUACAAUAGACAAGCCAGGGUGAAACGCUUCGUUUUUAUCCAAACAAAUCCCUUAGCUUCUUUUAGCCUCUCAUCCUGGUGAUUUAACUGGAGAAUUACAGUACAUCACUGUUCACAUCAAAGUUGUGCUGAUGCAGCUCAUGUUACAAUAAUGUAAAAAAUAAUGUAAAUAUCACUUCUUUUUUUUGUUUUAUCCCUGUGUCAAGCAGUUAUGGUAAAAAUAUUUCACCAACACCAAAUGUAUACUAAGCAAUAGUACACAUUUAGAGGAGGGGAGGGGCUCUCUGCACAGCAGCCAUUUUGACAUGUCUAAGCAGGAAAAGCACAGGUGUUACUGAUCACAUCAACUCUGGCUUUGUUCAGUUCAUGGAAGUCAGAGCCGUGUGUCUGUGACCGAGCAUUCAUCCUCAAACUGAGGAAGCCACGUGCCAUUCAGCCAUCUUCAAUGUGAUUACUUACACCUGUGCUUUUCCUGCCAGAUAAAAUGGCAAAGGGCAGCUCAUACUAUAGUUUCUUGGUUAAGAAGGAAUCGACUUACCACAGAGACAGAGGCUGCUACCACGGCUUUGUCCACAGUUAAAAAACGUCCUUGUCUGAUUGCAGUUGUUGGUUGAUAACAAAAUAAUUUGGACUUUUUCUUAAGAAGAAAUGAGGUGAGAAUCUCAGUUGAAGUGCAACACAGGUGUCUGGUGGUUUAGCGCUGGUGCUUUGCAGCAGAAAGGUUCUCAAGUUCAAAUUCUAGUUCAGUCAAGGCCUUUCUGUGUGGAGUUGGCAUGUUCUCCCAUGGUCUGACUGGAUUGUUGGAGCUUCCUCACACAGUCCAUCAGAGACACGCAGGUUGGGGUUGAGGUAAAUUGCCAUUGUGCCAUUUUGUUUUUUUAGUCAUGCUUUAGCAGGUGUUACUGAUCACAUUAAUGAUGGUUCAGUUCAUGUGAGUCACAACAAGUGAACCAACAUGCAACCAGAAAUUAAAGAAGCUCAAUGGAAUUGGGUCAAUAAUUAAUCAUUAUUUUGAUUAUUUACGCCUGUGAUUUUCCCUAUUGGGAUCCAUUGGAAACUAAAUUGGAUGAACGUGCAGAUUUGGGGAUUAGGCAAAUUUGACACUCUAAAUUGACCAUAGGUAAGAGUGGAUGGUUGUUUGUCAGCUGGGAUUGGUACAAGCGCCCCCUCAUGUUGAGGGUAGAAGAUGGAUGGAUGUGAAUGUGUUUGGCCUCUCGUGUAAUGAUUGAGCCAGUGUCACCAUGACACUAAAAGGAUAGGUUGUAUAUCUAAUGGAUCGGUGGCUACCUAAGGGCCUUAUUCAACCAUAACAUUAUUGUUAAUGCACAGAAAUGUGAGUAGAACAUCCUCUAAUCUAACUUGGCAAAAAGUGCUAAAUAAUAAUAAUAAAAUGUCACACUAUUCCACUUUGUGUAUGCUUGAAAUAGGAAACUUGGAGCUGAUUCUAUGCUGAGACACCAGGGCUGAUUUAAACCUGAUCUUUCAGUAGAGUGAAUGUGAGGACACUACAUACUGUGCCUUAAAUACUGUACACUCUUCACAGUAUGUCUUUUAUGUUGGCUGAAUUGGCCACAGAAGUAUCACAGUUUUCUCCGAAACACUUCUGUUUUGUUAUUGGCUAUCUGUACACGGGAGAGGCAUUUAAAUAAAAAAAAAAAAACGUGCCUCCCUGGGUGCCUCUCAGGAGGUCCGGCGCAUUCCUCAGAGUCAGAAAAGCUUCAGUCACGUGUGGGCCAGUGGGGCCUGGUCUACAGCACUGUACUGUGCCACGUGACUAUAUUUACAUCCUCCCUGAACACCAGGGCUGCCUUGUUCCAGCAUUCCUGACAAAAGGGAAGCGAUUACUACUUGUAAAAGCAGAGUUCUCAGCAGCUCUUCAAGCUAAUUUAUUUUUUAUUGAUAAAUAUGUGCCUUUACAACACCCAGCAUGUUGGAGCUGUUGAACUCAGUACAUCUGUAUAAAAUCGAUGUGUCUGCCUGUUUACAUUGGAUGUUUUUAAGGGAUGCGGCAGCGUUACAUGCAGGUGAAGUUAACAAAGAUGUUAUUUCCAUGACCGCUGUGAGGCUUUUUGUUGAGCAUAUACAUUCGAAUGCAUUGUUCAUUGAGCAGAUUAAGUGUAAAUAUAAUGUUCAUAAAUGUAAAUAUUUGUUCUGUGCAUUUUGUUGGUAAUGGUGUCAUUGUUUGAGUGUUUGUUGUUGUAAAUUUUAAACAUUUGCUGUACAUAAAUAAAUGAUUCUAUUUAUUAUAGAA